AUGCCACUUCAUGCCUCCCAACUGAAGGGUAUGGAGAGGGGAGAGAAGUGGGUAUGGGGCGAAGGGUGGGGUGGGGGAGGGAGCGCUCAGAAAGAUAUCGUGGGGGGUGCAAUGGAUGUCGCUACUCUCCCCGCUCUCCGUGCCUACUCUUCCCGUCUCUACUCUCCCCUUCCCUACUCUCCCCGUCCCUACUCUCCCUGUCCCUACUCUCCCCGUCCCUACUCUCCCCGUCUCUACUCUCCCCGUCUCUACUCUCCCCGUCUCUACUCUCCCCGUCUCUACUCUCCCCGUCUCUACUCUCCCCGUCUCUACUCUCCCCGUCUCUACUCUCCCCGUCUCUACUCUCCCCGUCUCUACUCUCCCCGUCCCUACUCUCCCCGUCCCUACUCUCCCCGUCCCUACUCUCCCCGUCCCUACUCUCCCCGUCCCUACUCUCCCCGUCACUACUCUCCCCGUCUCUACUCUCCCCGUCUCUACUCUCCCCGUCUCUACUCUCCCCGUCUCUACUCUUCCCGUCUCUACUCUCCCCGUCUCUACUCUCCCCGUCUCUACUCUCCCCGUCUCUACUCUCCCCGUCUCUACUCUCCCCGUCUCUACUCUCCCCGUCUCUACUCUCCCCGUCUCUACUCUCCCCGUCUCUACUCUCCCCGUCUCUACUCUCCCCGUCUCUACUCUCUUCGUCUCUACUCUCCCCGUCUCUACUCUCCCCGUCUCUACUCUCCCCGUCUCUACUCUCCCCGUCCCUACUCUCCCCGUCUCUACUCUCCCCGUCUCUACUCUCCCCGUCUCUACUCUCCCCGUCUCUACUCUCCCCGUCUCUACUCUCCCCGUCCCUACUCUCCCCGUCUCUACUCUACCCGUCUCUACUCUCCCUGUCUCUACUCACCCCGUCUCUACUCUCCCCGUCUCUACUCUCCCCGUCUCUACCCUCCCCGUCUCUACUCUCCCCGUCUCUACUCUCCCCGUCUCUACUCUCCCCGUCUCUACUCUCCCCGUCCCUACUCUCCCCGUCUCUACUCUCCCCGUCUCUACUCUCCCCGUCUCUACUCUCCCCGUCUCUACUCUCCCCGUCUUUACUCUCCUCGUGCCUACUCUCCCCAUCCCUACUAA